AUGGUUCUAGAGAUAAUUAGCUCUGUUACCGAGAUUGUCGAUGUACCUAUCGGCGAGAUUUGGGCCGUGAUCUCAUCCUUCGGAUGCGAGAAGCUAUGGUUUCCCGAUAUGAAGAGCGUUGACCUCAAAGGGUAUGGCAUCGGCAGUGUACGCACGUAUAUUUUCCAUGAGCCUGGCCGUAUUGCAUGGGAGCGUUUGGAUUAUGUCGAUGCCGAGAACCAUGUUGUUCGCUUCUCAGUUUUCAGGAACGACCUUCUUACCGAGUCAAUCGGCACCAUGAAGUUGAAAGCCGUGGACAAGAAUCGAACCGCCUUUACGUGGAUAGCAGAGGUUGAUCUUCCGGAGAGUCUCACCAAGGAAAAACUGCAGAAGCAACUCGAUCCCUUGUUUAAGGGCCUCAUCAAUGCUGUUGCAAGUUCAAUCACAACAUAG